UUUUUGUGAAGCGCCUCGUGAUUUUUAUCUUGAGAGGCGCUAUAGAAAUUAUAUUUUCUUCUUCUUUUUCUUCUUUUGUUCUGAGGGUUAGGGUUAGUGUAACCCUUUCUCUUAAAUCACCAGCCUUGUUUAAUUUAGACUUCCUAAAAUUUUGUAACUUUUCAAGCCUUGCAGCAAGUGCUUUUACAGAAAGUUUAACAACUCUUAUACCCAUUUGAGUUUCAGUCUGACUUGAGGCAGUCUCAUGUUCAUGUUUGUUCAUUUUUGUGUCACUGUCCGUGUGCGCAACACAACUUUCCAUAGUCAACAGUACGCCCAAAACCUGCCAAAACAGAGAAAAGAAGAAAGUCUUCAGUUCUGAGUUAAUCAUGUCUCUGUGCGAUUUACUUCAAACGGCAACCAGUGCAUAUUUGGCCGCUUUACUGGGUGUAGCGCAACACAAACCACACCAUUGACUGCUCUUCAGAAUCCAACUGCUGCAGCUCUUCAGAGUUCCCUCCAACAAGUCUUAAUGCAAUGAACCUCUUUGGCGAGCCUUUACGCACCAAACUUCACCAGUACAGCUAGCCUCUCCGGGCGCAGCGAUCCUCUUCGGGCGGAGCAAUCCUCUCCAGCACAGUAGGUCUCUCAAGAUCAGCAGGCCUCUCCAGCGCAGCAAUCCUCUCCAGAUGCAGCAGCGAUCCUCUCCAGCGCAGCCGGCCUCUCCAGUGCAGCGAUCCUCUCCGGACGCAGCAGCCUAUCCAGCGCAGCGAUCCUCUAUGGGCACAGCAGCCUCUCCGGGCGGAGCGAUCCCCUCUAGCGCAGUAAGUCUCUCCAACGCAGCGACCCUCCCGGGCGCAGCGAGCCUCUCCGGUGCAGCAAGCCUCUGGGGUGCAGCGACCUCACCGGCAAGCCUUUAGGCAGCGAUUCUCUCCUGUGGACCUUUGCGCAGGCACCGCUCCAUGUGGAUCCCCCACACUGAUCACACGCUUCUGCUUUCCUGAGCGAUCACUUCCCUGCCGACGCUCCUCUCAUGCACAGCAGGUGAAUUGGUUUUGACUUGAUUGUAGAGGCUAAGCCAAUGCUUUAAGCCACUGGUGUGUUUGUGACCAGAAUAAUGGCUGACGUGCUAAGUUGCUUUGGAUGGAAUAAGCACUGUCCAUUGCUUUUAGGAGAUGCAUAUCUGUUUAAUUUCUCCAUUCAUUUCUUCCCAUGUGAAUGUUGAAUAAAUGGCAUGCUUUGACAGCACAUAACAAAGGCGCAACAAAAGUGAAACAAAGCGGUCAAAACCAAUUACCCUUUCCGGCCAAACACAUACAGCAGGUAAUUUCCUCUUCUUAUAUACGGGAGCACUGAUUGGCUUCCACAAUUCUAAACCCAAUUUUAGUAGUUUCUGCAGUCUCCUAGAUGUUUUCUCUGCUCGAUGCAUGCCAAUGAUCUGACCCUUCUCAAACAGAAGCAACCCAUUGCACCAGUUGGGUUUAAAUAACUUGUUGCCAGUUGAAAGAGAAUCGCUCAUGCAGUAAUUUUCCAAUUGGAGAAUAGUACCUAGUUAGUUAAAUCCAAAUGGUGCCUUCAUUGUUUUGGCUGGGCAGUGUAUAUUCAUGGUACAAAGCAGUAUUCAGACCUGUAUUAACAAAACAACAUGUCGGUAGCUUAAUAUUUUGUUUGUUUCUGUUAAUGAUCAUGAAUGCUGGAAAGUAAAAUAAAAUUUCAAACUCUGCUGACUGACAAGGUGCAGAAUAUACAAAUAGUUCAAAUAAAUAGGAUUAUUACAGAAACACAGCAUGAUCACAUGAAUGUAAUGUGUUUUGCCCCGUGGGUGGGACGUUAAAGUUGAAGGUUUCACAUAAUUGCAACUUCAAAUUCAGAUUUGUGACCAUUUCUCUCUUUUGUUAUCUCCUCUGAGUUUUCCUAUCCUUUCCCCUCAGCUGCUCGUUUUUAUGUGUGUUUCUGACAGCAGUGAAACAACAGAGGGAGCCACUGGCUGCAUUAUAGAAAGUAUUCUCUCUACAGCAGCUUGUCUCUACCCUACAGAGGGGUCCACCUCCACAUCUCCCUUUCUCCUCUCCUCCCUCUGUGUGUCUCUUGCUCCCUCCUCCAGAGGGGAGGGAGCAGAGCUGGAGAGAGCAGCUCGAAUUGUGUUACGCGCGCUCACUACGCCCGCCAGAAGCGUGUUUGGGCUCCGCAUCUCCAGCCAUGCAGUGCCAUGUCUAACAGCUGUGUUUGCAAAAGAGUACAGCUCAUCUGAGAGGAAGGCAGCGUCCUGCUUUCAGGAGGACAGAAGACAACAGAAGACCAGUUGAAGAGAGAGAGAGAGAGAAAGAGAGAGAGAGAGAGAGAGAGAGAGAGGGAUAUAACUGAAAGCCUCCCCCCUCUCCUCGCCUCACUAAACAGAGCAAAAACGGAAGGCUUUGGAGUAUUCAAUUUUUUCUUUCGUUUUAUAUUUUUCCUAUUCCUCAUCGCGGUGCUGGGAGGUGCUUCAUCUUUUCAUAUAGUCUCUCUCUCCAUCAUUUGCCUCCUCAUCUAUUUCUCCAUCUAUGUGGUGUAUAAUUUCUUAUAUUUAUGAGUGAGAGAAAAGACAAAAGAGGAGUUUUGAUUUGAUAUUUGUCCUUUUCUCUCCCUCCUGAGCCCCCCCCCCCCCCCCUUCACCAAACCAUAUCAUUCCUGUCAACCUCCUUCUCCGUUUCAUGUCUAAUCGCCUCUUUUCAGUUCAUCAUCGCUCAUCUUCCACCUUUUUCUGUUUUGAAUCUGAUGUUAUUUGAACUUGGAUGAAUUUUCUUCAAAGACAACUAGAAAAACUCCUCAUGAAUGACUCUAUUUUUCCCUUUUCCUUCUCUUUUGGUCCCUCCACACCCAUUUUCUUUGCAUCACACUCUUGCGGGAUUCUUUAUUGUUACUCUAGGUAGGUUAACUAUUGUGUAGUGUCUGUCUAUCUGUCUGUCUGUGUGUAUUUGUGUGUGCUUUACGUAAACAUAAAACACACAUUAACACACACAUGCACUCGCACACUAAACUAUGCCUAAAAGAGAGUGAUCAGUGGGUCGAUUCUGGUCUCGCAUUGUUUCUUCCCCUCCAUGCUUCCUCCAUCUCAUCAUGGUGAACACAUUUUUAAUUGUUGUCUUUUAAAUAUCUAUUGUUUUUGUCUGUAUGUCAUGUGACCACAUUGUCCUCCUUAUGGUUCAUUAAAGAUCUGCUUGCAACCUGUUGCAAAUACAAAUAAAGUCCAGCUCCGGGUGUAAAUCAGUGAAUAAAUUCCCCGUCAGUCUUGUGAUUUUUCUUUCUUCCCUAAAAAUAUCGAUGUUCUGCCUCAGUUAUUUAUUUUCAGAUAUUAAUUUUGUUGCAUUCUGAGUUUUGAGCUGAUUGUCCUCAUUUCAUGGCUAAUUAGUGCUAAUUUUCCAUCUGUGAGUCCAUCAGGAGUCAUUAGUUCUGUUGCUGCUUCUGCUCCUUCCCAUCCCACACGCGCCUCAAACAAAAUCCCAGAUAUUUUUAAGCAUCGAUCCCACUGCUUCUGCAUGCUUUCCUCCCACCUUCGCUCACAUCCUGACAUUUUUUUUCCUCUCGUCUCCUGCUGCGUUCAUCCUGAUCCGUUCAUCCCGAUCCCUGUGCCAGACGGUCAGGGGGGCAUUAGCAGGGUGCUGAUCUGUGGACUGAGCCUUGCUGUGGUCGUCAGGUGUAUCAAACAGGUUGUAGAUAGACAGACUGAUAGACAGAUCUGAUCCCAUUUCAUCACUCUCCUCCCAUUUUCCUCCUCUGUUAACCGUUUAGUUGGAUGCUUCUCGCUGCCACAUCUUUUUGAGAGCACUGUUACCACACAUAGUUUGGAUUUAAUUAGCCUAAACAGACUCGUGGACCUGAAACUCUAACGUAGACUAGUGGCUUAGGCCCACACCAGCUACUCUAGUCGUCACCACCUUCUCAUGGACUGCUUAAUAAAUCCCUCUUCCUCGUUGAGAGGAGGAUGUCGUCAUGAAGGAACGUGAAGGACCGCUCGUUUCGCUGUCUUUGCAUUUGUGUCUCAACUCUGCUCCUCUGUAAAACAUCUCCACUACAGUCUAGAAAUUAUGUGUUGCAGAAAAGAGUUAAUUAGACUGAGGCGAGCAGAGAGAGGAGCGAGCUGGCCCGCUGAUGAUCAUGACUGGUUAAAUUAGGCAAAGGCUCAGAGUGACAGAAAGGCCAAGAGGAAAGAAGAGACAACAUACACUGCUGCUGCUCAUCUCCACAGCAACAGAGCUCUGGAGGGAGACCUUGACGAGCUGGAUCACUGGCUUUAAAGGAAGGGAGAGCAGUUGGAUGCAGCGAGACCAGUGAAAAAAACUUUGUUUCUUUAACUGACUUCCCCCAGAAACGCUGAUGUUCGGGGUUUUUAGUACUUCUGUCAUCUGAGUCAGAAGCAUAUGUCAGCCAGUUUGGUCUUGUUCAUUGCAAAUUAGUCUUUUUAGGCAGACAUCAUCGUCCCUCGCUCUAACAGUCCUCCCUUUCUGCCUUCAAACAACCCAAAUCUACUCCUCCAUCAAACCGCCAGGCCUCCCUUCUGUCUUCUGUGACUUCAGCAGUUCAUCCGAGGCUAUGAGAGGAGGAUUCGGAUCGAAGGCCACUCCAUCAUGCCCGUUCUGACGAGUCGAGAGGAGAUCCGGGCUGGCAAUGUUCAAGGGACGGCAUUUAAACUCCUCCAAAAUGCUUGUCAGCCUCCACUCGUCUCCCCCCCAUCUUCAGGACAAGCACUUGGUCUCCCCAUCAUCCACUCAGCAGUGUCUUCCUUCUUCAGAUCAGCCGUCCCUUCAUCCUCAUCCCCAGCCUCGACUAACCCUGCCGUUCCUCUCCUUGUACUUCUCGCUGCUCCUCCUCUCUGUAGUCUUGUUGCCUGUUUGCGAGUCCAGAAGAGGUGGGGGCCAAGGAUCUGGUCCUGGAGGUGCUCAAGGAGGCCAAGGAGGCCAGAGGGGAGGCAGCAGCCAAAGGAUUCCCGUUAUCCCUCCCCAGUACUCUCCUGGGUUACCCGUUCUCCCCAGCAAUCCUAAACUCAUCAACUCACUCAGCAUUGCCGUCAUCCUGGUGGGUAAUUCUAGUGAAGUCACCGUGGGGGCAGGACUAGAGAAAGAGGACUUCCUCCACAUCCCUUAUCCUCCUAAAGUUGAGGUGGUCACCAUGAACGAGACGGAUCCAAAGAGCAUCAUCAACAGGAUCUGUGCUCAGAUGACGAGGAACAUGCUGCAAGGCGUGGUGUUUGGCGACGACACGGAUCAGGAGGCCAUCGCUCAGAUCCUGGAUUUCAUCUCUGCUCAGACGCACCUUCCCAUUCUGGGCAUCAGAGGAGGAUCCUCCAUGGUCAUGGCUGCCAAGGACGACCACACCAUGUUUUUCCAGUUUGGCCCUUCCAUCGAGCAGCAGGCAUCCGUCAUGUUGAACAUUAUGGAGGAGUAUGACUGGUACAUCUUCUCCAUCGUCACCACGUACUACCCUGGUCACGAGGACUUUGUCAACAAGAUUCGCAGCACCAUCGAGAACAGCUUUGUGGGUUGGGAACUAGAGGAAGUCCUCCUGCUGGACAUGUCAAUGGAUGAUCAUAAUCAUGGAGACUCCAAGAUCCAAAACCAAAUGAAGAAGCUGCAGAGUCCCGUCAUCCUCCUCUACUGCACCAAAGAGGAAGCCAGCACCAUAUUUGAAGUGGCACACUCCGUAGGGCUCACGGGCUACGGCUUCACCUGGAUCGUCCCCUCGCUGGUGGCCGGGGAUGCAGACCACGUUCCUUCAGUCUUCCCCAUAGGGCUUAUCUCUGUGUCAUAUGACGAAUGGGACUACAACACCGAGGCCAGGGUGCGUGAUGCAGUAGCUGUCAUUGCCACAGCCACCUCCACCAUGAUGUUGGACCGAGGGCCACACACCCAGCUUAAGUCAAGCUGCCUCGGGACGCCUGACAAAAAAGGCUCCAGCGUCAGCUACUCCAAGGAGAUCUUGAAGUGAGUCAAUGCUGGCACGGUGGAGACGGCCAGCGAAGGGGCUGGUGCAUAUAAACAAAGAUAGGUCAACCAGAGUUCAGCAGCUUCAACUGGUCUCAGUGGUGCUUUCAGGAUUAAACCGAUGAUGGAUCAAACAGUCUGUCAAUGCUACAAAUCACAGGCUGAAUAAGUUAGCGCUUCCAGAGGCAUUAUUAUUGUUGUUGUUGUAAUUCUUCUUCUUCUUCUUCUUCUUCUUCUUCUUCUUCUUCUUCUUCUUCUUCUUCUUCGUCUUCGUCUUCGUCUUUGUCUUUGUCU